AGAAAAUUCGGCUUUGUACCGCGGGAUUUGUUAUCAUCGACAGUUGCUCAGAUGGUUUGAUUAUUAUGCCUUUUCUAAAUCAAGUAAAGUAUAUUCAUCACACAAAAGUCAUGUUUUAGGAACCUUUCGUCAAUCAUAAACUUUUAGAAGAUUUAUAUGAAAUUCAAGAGAAAAUUGGGGAUGGGCACUUCGCUGACGUCAACCUUUGUGUGUGCAAAAGUUCGAAUAAAAAAUACGCAGCUAAAUUUAUUAUGAAGCAAAGGCUCUCAACGGGUAGUCACGGAUCAAGUGUGUCUGACAUUGAUCGUGAAGCUUUCAUUCUGGCUAACCUACAACACGAAAACAUUGUGAAUCUGCAUGAGGUGUUUUAUCGAGAAGACUCUGUGGUUCUCAUUUUAGAUCUGGUGACAGGUGGUGAAUUGUUCGCACGAGUAGCCGAUUGUGAGCGUCUGUCGGAAGAAGAGGCAUCUAAUUUUGUCCAGCAAAUUCUUCUGGGUGUUCAGCAUAUGCAUGGCUUAGGGAUUGUUCACUUGGAUUUGAAGCCUGAGAACAUAAUGAUUGAAGAUCUGGAAUCCAGGAAAAUAAAAAUUAUUGAUUUCGGUCUGGCUAGAGUGCUGAAUCCAAACGAAAGCUUCCAAGAUAUGGCGGGAACACCUGAAUUCUGUGCUCCAGAAAUUGUCAAUUUUGAUCCCAUAACAUUUGCAACUGAUAUGUGGGCUGUUGGAGUAUUGACUUAUAUUUUAUUGACUGGAAUUUCACCGUUCGCUGGUGAUACACAACUUGAGACAUUUCAAAAUAUUCUUGAUUGUAUUGUGGAUUAUUCAAGGGAGGAGAUUGAAAAUGUUAGCGAUUUGGCUAAAGAUUUUAUUCAAAGGCUACUAAUUAAAAAUCCCAGAAAAAGAGCGACAGUGAACGAAUGUCUUCAGCAUCCCUGGAUUAAACCUAAAGAUAAUAAACAGUCUACAUGUCGACGUGACAGCUUAAUUAGCAAGGAAAAGUUGUCCAGUUUACGGCAUUUUAUCGCUACCAAUCCAAGUGCUAAUGUUUUGUCUAUGAAUAGCAAUAAUAAUGCAGAUCAAGAAAAUAAACCUCCAUCUUCACCUACAUCACCUGUGUUUCCUGUUAAGGUAAAUGAGAAACCAAGGUUUUCAUUACCAGAUAAUUCUGUCAAUAGCAAUAAAGUUGUUAAAACAUCAUCGGAAAUAAAUUCAAUCGGACAAUCAUCAUCAAAUCGUACAGUUGAAAAUAGGCAAUUGUAUAUAAAAGAAUCAGGCCAGAAUAAAAAUAACAACAAUAAUAACACUGAGCGUACUUCAGUCCAAACAGAUAAAGUUAAAACUGCAAAUCAUGUAAUACAAGCAAAGCAUCUAUCGAACUAUAAAGUAGCGGGUAAUGUGUAUUCAGCUAAUUCAAAACCGCCGCCUAUUGUUUCACAUGUAAUCAAUUCUCAAACUAGUGAAAAACAAAAUAAUAAUUACGUUUCCCGUGCAGAUCCCCUGAUCCCACUGAAUAGUGCAAAAAAAUUAAGUCCACGUAACUCAAUUUCCGAUUCUGUGCCCUCAGCUUCAUCCGUAGUUUGUAGUGACAAAAAUGUCUCUACCAUUACUUCAAGUAAUUCCAGUGGUUUACCAGCUGACAAAACUUCAUCAGAUUCUCUUUCCAAUAAAUCUGUUACCAAUAACAGUACAGGUAAUUGGCGUACAACUUUUCAAAAUAAUAUAAUUGGUCGAUUGGGUGCAGCAUUCGCAGCAGCAACUGGACAUGUGACCACAUCAGCUACUACUACACAUCAUACUCUGGUCAAUGUAACAAAUUCCAAACUGUCAAAUACAUCAAACAAUGAUAAAUUACUCCAAUCAACUUGUAAAACUAACAAUGCAAAUACACUCCACUAUCUGCCAACAUAUGUGACUGAUUUGAAAUCUGAAAUACAGAUACACGAUAAAACUGAUUUGGACCAAUCGGUUAACAAAACAGUGAAUGAGGCUGAAGUCGAUUCUUCGCCUGAUCCUCGAACAUCUAUUUCAUCUACAUCUACUAUAAAAACUAUUUCAACAAAUCAAAAACUUGGCUUUGUUCAAUUAGCUAGUAAAGAGAUUGGAAGUAAAGUUAACCAAUCGAAAACGUCAACUAAAAAUAUCAAUUCAUCAAUUUCAUCCUUCGGUGUAGUUUCUAGAGCAGUGAAAGAAAUGGAAAUAACAUCUGGUCCUUUGAAUAAUAGUUCACUUAUCACUUGUAAUAAUGAUAUAGUUGAAUCGAAAAUUGUUCGAAGAUUUCAGAGUUUAGGAAUGAAUCAGUUAACCGAAGCAACAUAUAUCAACCGUUCUUUACCAAAUGGAUAUCCAAAUGAAAAAACCAAUGCAAACCGAGGACCACUAUGCAACCCAUCCAAUAGAGUUAUGGUUAGUAAACUACAAGAAAUGUUUGAAAGUGGCAAUACAAAGGAAGCAGGUGGUAAUCGAAUCAGUCGAACGACUAAAUCAUCUGUACCUAAUAAUAACAAUAAUAAUAAUAAUAAUAAUAGUAAUAACCGUAACUUACCAGUUAACUGAAACAAUGCGACCGGCAAACGUGUCUCUGUCAGUAAUCAAACAGCCAGUAGUACAUCAUCUUAACCUGGAUCUGUGUGUGUGUUUUUAUUCUGCAACCCUUCUUAUAAACACCUGUCAAUCAAUUAAGCUUUAUCAAACUAUUGUACUGAAAAGUGUUCAACAACAACAACAAAAAACAUUAUCAUCCUUUCAAAAAUGAAACGAAAACCGAAUAGCGCCAUCAGUCCCAUCCACCAAAUACAUCAAAAUCAUAACAUAAUAUCAUGUAUAUUGAUUAAUUAAUUGAGUUCAACAGUGAUCUUUUUUCUAUUGUUUCUUUUCUGUUUUGAACAUUUUCAUCUCUUUUUUUACACAAAACCUUUUUUUUUGCCUUCUGUACAUAAUAGUGAUAAUGUCAUGAAACUUUAUUUUUUAUCAAUUAAGAAGUAAAUUGAAAGAAUAGACGGAUAAAAGUUGGGAGAGGAUGUUAUACGUCUUUUUUCAGUUUUUAAUUUCUUUCAUCUUUUCUCCUCAUAUUCUCCAGAAUGAUUUUUCGUGUAAUGAAUAGUGUGUUACUCAUCACUGACCAUCUCUUUCCUACCUCUCUUUCGUGCAAAUUGAUUUUAAUUUUACCAAGCAGGAUUUUUUGUGAUUGUUUGGCGGCAAUAAUAAUAAUAGUGAUCAUAACGAACAGCGCCAUUUCAGCAUUAAUAUGUGUAAACAUCUUAUCAUGUCGUCUUGCUUUCAUGUGUACAGUGUCCUUGAAAACUGGUUUGUUUUCGUUCAUGUCUUCCAUUUUUCAUGUUGUCAGUUAUUGAAUUGAAAGUUGCCCGUCUCAGUUCUUAAUAAGUACGAUUUUCACUCCUGUUUCGUAGGGUAUGAUUGCUUGAAUAAUAAUAAUACUUACAUAGCUAUAAAUAUGCAGAUGUUUAUGCGUCUUUAGCCUCCUUCACCUCUUCUUUUGGCAUACUAAUCUGUAGUAUGUGAUAUUCUUGCGCCCUUAUUGUUUCGUAUAUUUGUUAUGAAUUAAUGAAUAAACUCAUGGUUUAUGAAUAGAAAUAUUAGAGUAACAAGGUCAACUUUUGCAUUUCUUCUUCUGAAUGUGUAGACAAUGUAAAUAAUAAAAUGUGAUCAACAUCACUAUUCACACUGUCUUCAGCUACUCUAGAAACAACUGCAGAGCCGUAUAUGCAUUUAUUAUUUAAGUGUCUUCUGUGCUUUUCCUUCACUCCCCUUGAAAUGUAAGUGAGAGGAUGAAAAUGUCUUGGUACAUAGGAAAGCUGCGUACAUCACACUUUUACUACUCAUAUCACUCGCAUCAUUAUUGUUAUCAUUCUCAUUUUUACUUUGAACAAUUAUAAAAAAAGUGAUCUGAUUUGCUUUCUGAAGGCUGAAAAGAAGAAAAGUAAAGAAAAUAAAAGUAUUUUAUUUG